AUGUCUGAUAUUUCACAAUCCGCGAUCGCAAACCUAGAGAAGGCCGGGUUAGGGGAUAUCUUAUACAAGCCCGAGCAAAAGCCUUACGAAGAACGAAUUGCCUCGUACUGGUCUCUCACCGCACAACUGAAGCCAUGGGCUAUCAUCCAGCCUCGAACUACGAAAGAAGUUUCUAAGACCUUAGAGACUCUGGUCAAUACUACUGAUUGCAAUUUCGCAAUUCGAAGUGGCGGCCAUAUGGCAUGGGCCGGCUCUAACAAUAUUGAAGCCGGCAUCACCAUCGAUCUCGGUCUUAUGACAACAACGACCUAUAACCCAGAGACCAAGAUCGCAUCUAUUCAACCAGGAAGCAGAUGGGCAGAUGUAUAUACGGAGCUUGAAAAGCAUGGAGUCAUGGUUGCUGGUGGCAGAGAAGGCCUAGUUGGCGUUGGAGGUCUUCUAACUGGUGGUGGCAAGACUUUUUAUACCUGUCGCUAUGGGUUCGCGUGCGAUCAGGUCAUUAAUUACGAAGUCGUCUUAGCUGACGGUAGUGUUGUGGAGGCCAAUAGGGAAACAAAUCCAGACCUCUUUUUAGUAUUGAAAGGCGGUUCCAAUAAUUUUGGCAUAGUCACUCGAUUUGACAUGACAACAUUUAAUGCAAGAAAUAUCUGGGAUGGAAAUAUUACCUUUCCCAAAUCGGCUACCGAUACGCUCGUUGAAGCGUUCGUUGACUUCACGAAGAAUCUUGCGUUGAAUCCGGAUGAUCAUAUCCUAGCAAUGUGGACAAUUCUAUCUCAGACAAAGGAUCAUUUCAUCACUAUGGUAUUGACUAAUCUCGAUGGCGUUGAAAAUAGUAAAUCCCUGCAAAAAUUCUUGACUGCCCCGGGUGGUCAGGGGAACAUGACAACGACUACAGUAGCUAAAAAGCUAGUCGACUUCCUCGUACCUUCAGGAAAACACGAUACUUGGUUUACACUUACCUUCAAGCUUGACGCUAGGAUUAUCAAGAAGGCGGCCGAAGUAUUUGAAAGUCUAGCCUCGGAAUUGAAGAGGCAGAUUCCCGAUGGGAACUUUUACAUCUCGAUGGUGUUGCAACCACUUCCAACUUCAUUUUCACGCCACUCUGUGGCCCGGGGAGGUAAUAUGUUUGGGAUUGAGCGUUUACAAGAUGACUGCGUCCUUUUGGUGGCAGCUGUCGAGGUUGAGACCCCUGAAAUAUCAUCUCAGGUCGGAUUUCCUGCCCUAAAAGCAGCCAUCGCCGAGAUCAAAUCAUAUGCUAGGUCACUCAACAGUGAUAUUGAGUUUUUGUACCUAAACUAUUGUGACGGGUCGCAAAACCCUUUCAGCACCUAUGGAAAGGAAAAUAUCAAGAAGAUGAAAGAGGCCGCAGCGAAGUAUGACCCCACAGGGGUUUUUCAGACCAGAGUUCCGGGAGGGUUCAAGAUCUCAAAGGUGUAA